AACCCUUUGUUCAAAGCCCUGCUCACAGCGGUCCUGUGUUCCCUUCAGGUGCGAUGCCCAGUGACGGUGUGCGGCGACGUCCACGGUCAAUUCCACGACUUGAUGGAGCUAUUCAAGAUUGGAGGGAAAUCCCCCGACACCAACUACCUGUUCAUGGGAGACUACGUCGACAGAGGCUACUACUCGGUGGAGACGGUCACACUGCUCGUCACAUUAAAGGUUCGUUUUCCGGAGCGGAUCACCAUCCUGCGAGGAAAUCACGAGUCGCGGCAGAUCACGCAGGUCUACGGCUUCUAUGACGAGUGUCUGAGGAAGUAUGGCAAUGCCAAUGUCUGGAAGUACUUCACAGACCUGUUCGACUAC